CUGAGUUUCGCUGCGACAGGAUUCCGCGCGAAGUAUAGUACCCACGUUACACGAUGGAGUUUAUUGAUACAUAUGAAGAAAGUGACAAAUUAACCAUUAUGCCACUGGGAGCUGGUCAAGAAGUUGGAAGAUCGUGCAUUCUCUUGACUUUCAAAGGCAAGAAGAUAAUCGUAAAACGUGUUUUUUUGAAUUCUUUAGUCUUUAGUUGGACUGUGGUAUUCAUCCUGGUUUGCGCAAUAGAGAGAGCCUUCCAUUUAUUGAUGCUAUUCCGGAUAUCGAAACAACAGACCUCAUUUUAAUCAGCCAGUAAGUAACUCAUAUAAAGUAUAAAAACGACAUAGCUUCCAUCUUGAUCACUGUGGUGGACUUCCUCACUUACUUUUAAAGACUGGAACUAAGUCAAAGUGUUAUAUGACACAUGCAACAAAAGCCAUUUAUCGUUAUUUGUUGGCUGAUUUUGUUCGUGUUAGUAAUUCUUCCGGCUUACCAGAUCAGUCACUCUAUACCGAUCGAGAUAUCGUGGCUAGUUUGGACCACAUUGAUACCAUAGAUUUUCAUCAGGAACUUGAAGUCAAUGGGAUAAAAUUUACUGCUUACCAUGCUGGACAUGUGCUAGGUGCAGCCAUGUUUCUAAUAGAAAUUGCUGGUGUAAAAAUUUUAUACACAGGAGAUUUCAGCAGACAAGAAGAUAGACAUUUAAUGUGUGCUGAGAUCCCUCCCGUGCGACCAGAUGUUUUAAUAACUGAAGCCACCUAUGGUAUUCACAUACAUGACAAACGUGAAGAGAGAGAAGCUAGGUUUACUAGCUUAGUCCAUGAUAUUGUCUCUCGUGGUGGACGUUGCCUAAUCCCAGCAUUUGCACUUGGAAGAGCUCAGGAAUUAAUGCUUAUUCUUGAUGAAUAUUGGGAAAAUCAUCCAGAACUACAUGAUAUACCCAUUUACUAUGCUAGUCAACUUGCACGAAAAUGUAUGGCAGUGUACCAAACAUACAUUUAUGCUAUGAAUGAGAAAAUUCGUAAUCAACUAGCUAAUAACAACCCAUUUUGCUUUCGCCACAUAUCCAAUUUGAAGAGUAUUGAACACUUUGAUGAUUCUGGUCCGUGUGUAGUUAUGGCCAGUCCAGGGAUGAUGCAACCUGGUUUAAGUCGGGAGUUAUUUGAAAAUUGGUGCACAGAUAAACGUAAUGGUGUUAUUAUUGCUGGAUAUUGUGUUGAGGGUACUUUGGCUAAACAAAUCUUGUCUUUACCGGCUGAGGUGCCUACAAUGUCGGGUCAGAUGCUACCAUUAAAGUGUUCGGUGGAUUAUAUCAGUUUCUCAGCUCACACGGACUAUCAACAGACUAGUGAAUUUAUCAGAGAGCUUAAACCAAGUUACAUUGUGUUAGUACACGGUGAACAGAAUGAAAUGCUCAGAUUGUGUGGUGCAUUACAACGUGAGUACGAAGAUGAUGAAACGUGCAGACUGGAAAUAUUCACACCUAAAAAUUGUGUUCCAGUUAAUCUACGUUUUCGUGGUGAAAAGGUCGCCAAAAUUCUGGGCAGUCUUGCUCACAGUGCUCCUAAAGAAGGUCAUACUAUUUCAGGUGUUCUUGUAAAGAAGAAUUUUGCUUAUCAUAUCUUGACACCUGGAGAAUUACCCACUUACACUGAGCUAGCUACAACUGUUGUAAAUCAAGUUAUUUCAAUUCCAUUCACUGGAAGUGCUAGUCUUUUAAAAUUUCACCUGGCUCUACUUGCUGGCACCGUAAAAGUUGUAUCACAAAAAUCUGAUAAUGUACAAUACUGUGUAUUUGAUGCCAUAAAUAUCACAUGGAAACCACAACAGAUCACUAUGGAGUGGCAAUCCAAUCCUACAAAUGACAUGUAUGCAGAUGCUGUACAGAAUGUGAUAUUACGGGCUGGUAUGCAAGGAAUGCCUCCUAGAGGUCUACCUCAUUUAAUUGAACCGAGUAAAGAACAAUUUCGUUCUGCUCUUGAAUUAACUCUACAAGAUUCAUUUGGAAUUGAUUGUUUAGAAGAAGACAAAAUUGAACCAGAUGCUAAUUAUGUACUUGUACAUGUAGAUUUACAUGUGGCUGAAAUCAAUCUACGCGAUAUGUCUGUAUCGUGUAAAACCAAUGCAAAAUUGGAGCAUAUUCUUCAAGUUAUGGUCAACCGAUUGAAUCAUUCUCUUUCAGCUAUGUGAAUAUGAUCAUUAUUACUUCAGUCAGAUGAUAAUCAUCUGAAUGUUUUGUAAAUUAUUACAUACUUUUAUACCUCUUUUAUUGAGUAAAUAAAAAUAAAAAAUUCCCC